AUGCGCCCACCUCGCCCCCGCGCCGCGCUGCUCGCGCUGCUCGCGCUGCUCGCGCUGCUGGCCGUGUCCCUUGCGGCCGCCGAGGCUCCGCACCUGGUGCGCGUGGACGCGGCCCGCACUCUGCGUCCCCUGCAGCCCUUCUGGAGGAGCACCGGCUUCUGUCCCCCACUGCCGCACAGCCAGGCUGACCGGUAUGACCUCAGCUGGGACCAGCAGCUCAACCUGGCCUACGUGGGUGCCGUCCCUCAUGGUGGCAUCGAACAGGUUCGGACCCACUGGCUGCUGGAUCUCAUCACGGCCAGGGGGUCAGCCACGCAGGGCCUGAGCUACAGCUUCACCCACCUGGACCGGUACCUGGACCUCCUCAGGGAGAACCGGCUCUUGCCAGGCUUUGAGCUGAUGGGCAGCCCCUCCGGACGCUUCACUGACUUUGAGGACGAGCGGCAGGUGUUCGAGUGGAAGAACCUGGUUUCCCUCCUGGCCACGAGAUACAUCGGUAGGUACGGCCUCGAGCACGUUUCCAAGUGGAAUUUCGAGACGUGGAACGAGCCGGACCACCACGACUUUGACAACGUGUCCAUGACCUUGCAAGGCUUCUUGAACUACUACGACGCCUGCUCCGAGGGUCUGCGAGCCGCCAGCCCGGCCCUGCGCCUGGGCGGCCCCGGAGACUCCUUCCACCCGCUGCCGCGCUCCGCGCUCUCCUGGGGCCUCCUGGGGCACUGCCACAACGGCACCAAUUUCUUCACCGGGGAGGUGGGCGUGAGGCUGGAUUACAUCGCCCUCCACAAGAAGGGCGCGGGCAGCUCCAUCUACAUCCUGGAGCAGGAGGCGGCGGUCGUGCGGCAGAUACAGCGGCUCUUCCCCAAGUUCGCGGACACCCCCGUUUACAACGACGAGGCCGACCCGCUGGUGGGCUGGUCCCUGCCGCAGCCCUGGAGGGCCGACGUGACCUACGCUGCCAUGGUCGUGAAGGUCAUCGCACAGCACCAGAACCUGCUGGUGGCCAACACCAGCUCCUCCGUCCGCUACGCGCUCCUAAGCAACGACAACGCCUUCCUGAGUUACCACCCGCACCCCUUCUCUCAGCGCACGCUCACCGCGCGCUUCCAGGUCAACGACACGCACCCGCCGCACGUGCAGCUGCUGCGCAAGCCGGUGCUCACGGCGAUGGCCCUGCUGGCCCUGCUGGACGGCGAGCAGCUCUGGGCUGAGGUGUCGCGGGACGGGACGGUGCUGGACAGCAACCACACGGUGGGCGUCCUGGCCAGCACCCACCACCCCGUGGGCCCCGCCGACGCCUGGCGCGCCACGGUGCUGGUCUACGCGAGCGACGACACCCGCGCCCACGCCAACCGCAGCGUACCCUUGACUCUGAGCCUGCACGGAGUGCCCCCGGGCCCGGAGGUCGUCUUUGUCCAGCUCUACAUGGACAACUGGCUCUGCAGCCCCUACGCCGAGUGGCGGCGCCUGGGCAGGCCCGUCUACCCCUCUGCUGAGCAGUUCCGGCGCAUGCGCGCGGCCGAGGACCCGGCGGCCGUGAUGCCGCUCCCUUUUCCCAGCAGCGGCCGCCUGACGCUGCGCCCUUUGCUGCCUCUGCCCUCGCUCUGGCUGGUGCACGUGUGCGCGCGCCCGGAGGAGCCGCCGGGGCAGGUGACCGGGCUCCGUGCUCUCCCCUUGACCCGCGGGCAGCUGCUUUUGGUCUGGUCCGAUGAGCGUGUGGGCUCCAAGUGCCUGUGGACCUAUGAGAUCCAGUUCUCCCCGGAGGGUGUGGUGUACCUGCCCAUCAUCAGGAAGCCUUCAACCUUUAACCUCUUCGUGUUCAGCCCAGACACGGCUGUUGUCUCCGGCUACUACCGGGUUCGUGCUGUGGACUACUGGGCCCGACCAGGCCCUUUCUCGAGCCCCGUGUGGUACCUGGGGGUCCCUGCCCCGCAAGGCCCAGUCACCCCCGGCUCCUGUCCGCAUGGAAAGGGCGGGGCACCAGGGCCCACCAGCGGCCUCAUCCUGGGCUGGGGAUGGCGAAGGAAGGACGCCCAGUCUUUAGAAGCAGGGCUGUUGCCAUCGCAACCAGCCUCUUCCUCUGCCGCGCUUGCCCAGCUCGAGGCCACCCAUCCCUAUGGUGCCUGUGACCGAGAGUCGCCGGCAGCACCCCCAGUGUCCCUCGGGGAGGAGGGGUCCCUCCCGCAGUGGUCCCAGCACAGGUGCAGGAGUGGCUAG